ACAUAUUCCUAGUUUCGAGAGGUUUUGAAUAAAUUUAACAUAUCUGCUUCCCUAUAAAAGCAUUUGUAAAAGCUACUGACAACAGAUCCAGAUCGAUACUCAAACUUUCAACAUGUACAAAUACGUUUGCCUCUUCGCUCUCUUGGCUAUUGCCUUCGCUGAGCCUGCUGCCAAGCCAGGUUUCGUUGCUACUGCUCCAGCUGUUGCUGCAGUUGUACCACACACAGCAUCUUAUGUUGCUCCAUACGCCACUGCCUACUCUGGACUAUACCCUACCUCAUACGCUGGACCAUACGCUUCUACCUACUCUGGAUCAUACGCUUCUACCUACUCUGGACCAUACGCUUCUACCUACUCUGGACCAUACGCUUCUACCUACUCUGGACCAUACAACUAUGGAUACAACUCAGUCUACAACCACCCCUACAAUGCCGUACACAGCUAUGCUCCAUACGCUAACCACUACAACUCUAUCUAUAGAUCCGCUUUCAACUACCCUCAGUACACUUCAACCUACGCUGCCCAUCCCUAUAACUACGUGUAUUAAAUUGUUGAUUAAUAAAUAGUUUUAUAAUACA